AUGAGCUCAUCGGUUGACGGCAUCACAAGCGAGAUCAAUAAGUUGGUUAUCGAUGAACAUCUCCAACCUAAUAUGAGUACACUAGAACCCAGAAAUCCUGAUCACAACCCUUUACGUAUACUCAAGACUAUGAAAAAAGAACAAGGCAGGCCGGCUUUCAUUGCUGGACCUAUGGUUAGAUACUCCAAGUUACCUUUUAGAGAGUUAGUGCGAAACUACAGUACUGAUAUUGUCUAUACGCCAAUGAUCUUGGCCAGAGAGUUUGUAAGAAAUGAUGUUGCCAGAUAUUCUGAUUUCACAACAAAUUCAAAGGACCGCUCGGUUAUAGUUCAAGUGGGUGCAAACAAUGUAGAGGACCUCGUAAAAUUUGUAGACAUGAUCCAUCCAUAUGUGGAUGGGAUUGGAUUAAACUGCGGAUGUCCUAUUAAGGAACAGGUUCGUGAAGGAAUUGGUGCUGCUUUAAUGUCCGAAUCCGAUUUGGUUGCACUGAUGGUCAAGGCAGUGAAGGAUAAGUAUCAGGAUAAAGUUUGUUUUGAGACAAAGAUAAGAAUCCAUAGCGACAUUAACGAAACUAUUCGUUUUGUAAAGAAAGUCGAACAAGCAGGUGUAGAUUUUAUAACAGUGCAUGGUAGAACUAAGAAUACCAGAUCUUCACAGCCGGCUGACUUUGAUGCUAUUAGGACUAUCAAAGCCAGUGUAAAUGUCCCUGUUGUGGCAAAUGGUGAUUGCUUCUCGCUAGAAGAUGCUUACAAGAUUGCAGAGUACACCGGUGUAGAUGGAGUUAUGGCUGUACGUGGUAUAUUGAGCAACCCAGCCAUAUUCGAUGGGUACUCGAAAACCCCGUGGUCCGCUGUUGAAUUGUUUUGGGAUUUGGCCACGAGCUAUGGCUUGCCCUUUCGAAUCACCCAGCACCAUUUGUCUCAAAUGUUGGAUAAAGUCAUUCCUCGUAAGAACUUGAAAGAAAUGAACGAAUGCAAGAGUUUGAUUGAUAUGAUCGACUGGUUCGAUUCAAACUUCGUCUUAAAGAGGAGAGGAGAUAAUGGCUUUGCCACAUUGGUCGAGCCUGCUUGGAAAAUAAAUAGACAGAGUGAAGCUCAUAUAUAA